GUAUGCACUUGAGAUCAAGGAUAUAACAACAUGUUGCGAGGGCGGCGAAAAUCAAAAGUUCCACUAGAAGGAGAAUUGAACGUAGCCUCAUUAACAGAAAAAGAAGGCAAUCCAAACAUAACAAAGUGCGAAGGUACUGACAACAAAGAGGCAGUGAAAAUAAAUACUGAACAAUCAUCAACUACUAAGAGAGGGUGCCGAAAAUUAAUCGUGCCAAUGAAAGGAGAAUCAAACAGAGCCACAUCAAUGGAAGAAAAAGGCAAUCCGAAAAAAGUAACAAAGCGUAAAGGUACUGACAACAAAGAGGCAGUGAAUAUAAAUACUGAACCAUCAUCAACUACUAAGAGAGAUUGCCGAAAAUCAAUCGUGCCAAUGAAAGGAAAAUCCAACAGAGCCUCAUCAAUGGCAGAAGGCAGCAAUCCAAACAUAAAGCGUAAAGGUACUGACAACAAAGAGGCAGUGAAAAUAAAUACUGAAGAACCAUCAACUGCUAAGAGAGGGUGCCGAAAAUCAAUUGUGCCAGUAAAAGGAGAAUCAAACAAAGCCUCAUCAAAGGAAGAAAAAGGCAAUCCAUACAUAACAAAGAGCAAAGGUACUGACAGUAAAGAGACAGUGAAAAUAAAUACUGAACCAUCAUCAGCUACUAAGAGAAGCCACCAAGAAUCGAAUAAGCCCAAAAUAGGAGAAUUAAAGAGAGUCUUAUCUACCCAAGACAAAGGCGGACUUACCAUAACGAAACGCAAAUGUUUGGACAAAAAAGAGGCAAUGAAAGUAAAUACUGAACAGUCACCAACUACCAAGAGGUGUGAUAAGGCAUUUACUAUUCAAUCUGACUCCGAUGAUACUAAUGAUAAAUCUGAUGAUGAGACAUCACCAAGCACGGAUGUUUCAAAAAUUAAAAGAUUGGAGCAAAAGUGUGAUAAGGCAUUUACUAUUCAAUCUGACUCCGAUGAUACUAAUGAUAAAUCUGAUGAUGAGACUUCACCAAGCACGGAUGUUUCAAAAAUUAAAAGAUUGGAGCAAAAGUAUGAAAUCAUUUCAUCCGAAUCAUAUGAGAAUGAUGAUAAGAGUAAGGAUAAAACUGAUGAUGAAACUAAUGAUACUGAUGAUGAGACUUAUGAUGAAACUAAUGCUGAUAGUUAUGAUGACACUAGUGAAAAGACUGAUGAUGAGAUUAAUGAUGCAGUGGCUGAUGAGAGUAAUAAUAAUACUGAUGAAGGGAUUAAUGAAAAGACUGAUGAUGAAACUACAUCUAACUCAGAUGUUUCCGAAAUUCAGAGAUUGGAACAAAAACUCAGAAUGUUGAAAGAAAAGGAAAAGGCUAAACGCAAACUACCUUUCAGUUCAACAACAGAAUCAGAAAACUGGACUAUGAAUGAUACACUAGACAAAGCAUCGGGUGUAUUACACGCAUCUGAUGUCUCAAGAACACUGAUUAAAGAUAUCACAUUUGGGGACAACCUGUUACUUGAAGGUAAAGUAACAUCCCUCAAUCUCUUUACACCAUAUGAAUCUCCUAACUGCAAAGGACAUAGAAUUGCCUUUAAAUUAGAAGAUGAAUCCGGAGCAAUUGCAUGUGUAGCAUUCAAUGAAACAGCUGAAAAAUUUAAACGACUGUUAAAGUUAAAUGGGAUAUAUACACUGUUUAAACCCAUUGUUAAACACGCAAAAGCGGAGUUUAAAACAAAUUGUAGUCAUGAUUACGAACUAACAUGUACCAUAAAAACAACAUUAACUGAGUCAACCAACUCAACCUUAAAUGUUCAAGAUUAUGUACCUAAAUUUAUUAAUUUCAAAGACAUAAGUGACUUACCCGCUAAUUCCACAGUUCAAGUAAAAGGUACAAUAACUGAUGUUUACCAAUUGUCAGAAGGGUAUUCUGAGAAAAUCGGACGAAAAUACCAAAGGAAAUCAAUUACUUUAAAGGAUUCAGAUAAUAAGUACCUCAACGUUACUCUGUGGAAUGUCUGCGCAACAAAAGUAACAGAAGUAGACAUUGGUAAAACAAUAGAAAUUUUUGAUGCCAAGACUACCAAGUAUCAAGAUAUAGAAGGUAUUAGUGCUUCAACUUCUCGAAUGACACUACAUUAUUAAACAAUCCAUUAAAUGAUGUAAUUCAAAUGACAAACAAGGUUCAAAUUAAGUAUUCAAUUAUCAAAAUGUCUAAAUAUUAGUGGUUCAACUUUUGAAAACAUCUCAUUAUCCAUCAGCCUACAUUUAUAGUUGUAGGCUGAAAGAGCUCUCGACUAAGGGUGUGUCUUUUCACGCUAAGCAAUUGGUACUUUUAAUCUUAUCAUUUUUCACUCCCUCAUUAAGUACUGAAUGCCAAUCUUUUGGUUCUAAUAAAUAUAAUUUUAAUCACUGCAUUCAAUAUGCAAUUGAUUUUACAAAUAUUUCUUAUUGUUUUUUUUCUUUUCAUUUAACCGCUAAUUAAAAUUGUUUAAUUAAAUUUCAUACUUUUCUUAUCCACUUUGACAAUCUUUCAUAUUUGACGGCAAGACUACUAAGUAUCGAGAUAUAGAAGGUGUUAGUACUUCGACUUCUUGAAUGACACUACAUUAUUGAACAGUCAAUUCAGUAUAUAAUAUAAAUGACAAACGUCGUUUCACACUGUUCAAUUGGUACUUUUAGUCUUAUCAUUUUCCACUCGCUAAUUACAUACUAAUUGCCAAUCUUUUGGUUCUAAUAUAAAUGACAAACGUCCUUUCACGCUG